AUGGAACGGUACAAUGACAAGUACGUGAUCGUGUACGAUUUCAAGAACGUUGACACCGAGACGGCCGAGCGCGAGGUCACCGUCAUGAUCGACGACCUCGAGACGGCUGGGCUCCUGACGGAGGCGCGCGCUGGCUAUGAGCAGACCCUGCUCGUCUUUGUCAAGGCGCCACGCGAGCUGCUCGGCAAAUACGUCUACCGCUCGAGGGUCAAGGACUGGCUGUACGGGAUCGUCCAGACGCACCCUGGCGGCACCAAGGACUCCGUUGUGGACGGCGAUUUUGAAGCCGAGGACCUCCUCUCCGUCUACCACCUGGUGAACUGGCCCAAGGACCGCGGCGGCGCCGGCAUCACGCCCGGACUCGGACAGUGGGAGAACGUCACGUCCAUCUUCCCGCUGCACAACGAGGCGGCCAACCAAGCCCUCCUCAAGCACGUCAGCCGCCGGCUGUUCCUGACCAACGAGGACCUGGACCGCAUCCGCGACCUCCACGGGUCCAAGGUGGCCUUUUACUUUGCCUUUAUCCAGACGUACCUCGUGUGCCUUGCCUUUCCCGCCGUCACGGGCGUCCUCACCUGGUACCUCGGGGGCCGCUACUCGCUGACCUACGCCAUCCUCACCUGCGUCUGGUGCACGGUGACGCUCGAGUACUGGAAGGUGCGCGAGGUUGACCUCAGCAUCCGCUGGCGGGUCCGCAACGUGGCCUCGGUCAAGGUGAACCGGCCGCAGUUCCGGUGGGAGCGCAUCGUCGUCGACGGCGCAGGCGAGCCGCGGCACCACUUCCCCCGUCACAAGCAGGUCCUGCGCCACCUGCUGCAGAUCCCCUUUAUCGCGCUGUCGGCGGCCCUCCUGGGCGCACUCAUCGUGGCCGUCUUCGCGCUCGAGAUCCUCCUGUCCGAGAGCUACACGGGCGGCUACCCGGGCGUCGUCGAGUACGUGCCGACCAUUAUGCUCGCCCUCGUCCUGCCGCGCAUCAACGGCCUGCUCGAGCGCGUUGCCGAGGCCAUUACCGACUACGAGAACCACCGGACCGCGGACCACUACGAAAUGUCCCUGACGCAGAAGAACUUUGUCCUCAGCAUCAUCACGAACUACCUGCCCAUCCUCAUCACGGCCUUUGUCUACGUGCCCUUUGGCGACGAGAUUGUGCCCUGGCUGAGCGCCCACACGAGGAGUCUCCUGGGUCAGCUGGGGCAACGGUUCCUCGCGGAAGGCGAGGGCAGCUCGCACGCCGUGGGGGGCGUCGUCGACGCCACGCGGCUGCGGGACGAGGUCAUUGCGCUCGCGCUCACGGGCCAGGUGUCGUCCUUUUUUGAGGAGAACGUGCUGCCCGUGGCGAAACGCAAGCUACACGCGUGGUACCGCACGUACCGCGCGCCGACGACGACGAUGCCGACGACGGACGACGUCGAGCCCUUUGCGCAGGAGGAGGCGCGCUUCCUGCGGUCGGCGCGGGACCAGGCGACGCGGACGCCGUACGACGUGCAGGAGGACAUUGCCGAGAUUGUGCUGCAGUUUGGCUACCUGGCGCUCUUCUCGCCCGUCUGGCCGCUGAUCAGCAUCGGCUUCCUGGUCAACAACAUUGUCGAGCUGCGCACCGACCUUCUCAAGAUCGCCAUGGAGCACCAGCGACCGGCGCCGGUGCGGAGCGACGGCAUCGGCCCCUGGAUCAGCUCGCUCGACUUUCUGACCUGGGCCGGCAGCCUGACGACGGGGGCCAUUGUGCACCUCUUUGGGGCGAGCAGCAUCGGGGCCGGCGCCUGGUGGGCGCUGCCCAUCACCAUCUUCAUCAGCGAGCAUGUCUUUAUGGGCUUCCGGUCACUGGUGCGGUACGCCCUGCAGCGCGUCGGGUCCGCGCACAUUCGCCGCGAGAGGGACGAGCGCUACGCCCUGCGGGCCCGGUAUCUGCGCGAGAUGGAGGCUGGAGAGGCGGAGGAGCAGAGGCGACGUGGCGGCGGUGGCGCGCAGCUGAGCGUCGCCGAGAAGGAGCGCAGAAAGUCGGUCCGCAUCAUGGGCGGCGAGGCCUUCUUCACGCGCCAGAUGGAGCACGGGGCGAGCACGGCGGCUGGGCUGAGCCUGAUCAGGGCGUGCCGGGGUGUUGGGGCUGUCGGGGAGUACGAGGACGACAAGUCACAUCUAGACUGA